AUGGCAAAAGUCACUAAUAAAACUUUGGGAAGACCUUUGGAAGACUUCGGGAAGACCUUUGGAAGACUUCGGGAAGACCUUUGGAAAUACUUUGGAAAGACUUUGGAAAGACCUUUGGAAAGACUUUGGAAAGACCUUUGGAAGACUUUGGGAAGACGUUUGGAAGACCUUCGGAAAACCUUUGGAAGACUUCGGAGAGAUACUUUGGAAAGACUUUGGAAAGACCUUUGGAAGACUUUGGGAGGACGUUUGGAAGACCUUCGGAAAAACUUUGGAAGACUUCGGGAAGCAUGUCGCAGGCGCGCGGGGCGGAGGUGGACCGGGGUUCCCGGAAGUUCCGGGAAAACCUUUGGAAGACUUCGGGAAGCAUGUCGCAGGCGCGCGGGGCGGAGGUGGACCGGGGUUCCCGGAAGUUCCGGCAGAGGAUUUCCGGGGAAAGAAUUUUCUGAGGAUGGAAAAGAAUUCCCGGGAAAUCUGCAAAAGAUUCCGGGGACCGGGUGGGGCGGAGAUUCGGACGAAAUUUGGGGGAGAAUUUUCUUGGGGGUUUCCCUAAAAUUUUUUAUUUUGGCGGAGAUUCGGAAAAACCAGUGUACGGAAGAUGUGGAAGAGAUGUCCUGCGGAAGAUGA